AUGAAGAUGAGAAUUUUGCUAAUAACUUGUGUGGUAGUUUUGAGUUUCCUUGGGGUUUGUCAAGGAGGCAGCCUCAGGAAGAAGUUCUAUCAGCGUUCUUGCCCACAAGCUGAAUACAUCAUUCAGAAAAAAACCCAACAGCAUGUCAAUGAUGAUCCCAAAUUGCCGGCCAGGUUGCUUAGAUUGCAUUUUCAUGACUGUUUUGUCAGGGGUUGUGAUGGGUCAGUUUUGGUGAACUCCACUGCCAACAACAGUGCAGAGAAGGAUUCAAUUCCCAAUUUAACUUUGGGUGGCUUUGAUGUGAUAGAUGAUAUAAAAGCUGCGGUCGAGGCAAAAUGUCCCAAGACUGUGUCUUGUGCUGACAUUCUCGCAUUGGCAGCUAGGGACGCUGUUUCCGUUCAAUUUGAUAAUAAACCAAUGUGGGAAGUGCUCACUGGUAGAAGAGAUGGCACAGUAUCAAAAAAUAGUGAAGCCUUGGCCAAUAUCCCAGCACCUUUCUUCAACUUCACCCAACUCAAAGCAAGCUUUGCUAGUAAAGGUCUAGUUUUGCACGAUCUGGUUGUAUUAUCAGGAGCACACACAAUUGGAGUAGGGCAUUGCAGCUCUUUCAGUAGCAGGCUUUAUAAUUUCACGGGAAAAGGUGAUCAAGACCCUUCUUUGAAUCCCACUUAUGCUGCAUUCUUGAAGACAAAAUGCAAGAGUCUAAGUGACACAACCACAACGGUAGAAAUGGAUCCUGGAAGCUCUACCAAAUUUGAUAGUGACUAUUAUCCAAACCUUCUUCAGAAGAAGGGUUUGUUUCAAUCAGAUGCUGCUCUUCUAACAAGAGAGGAGGCAGAAGAUAUUGCAAAAGAAUUGGUUGAUGAAGAUAAGUUCUUCACAGAGUUCGCACAGUCGAUGAAGAGAAUGGGAGCCAUUGAGGUCCUCACUGGCUCUCAGGGCCAAAUUCGGACAAAGUGUUCGGUUGUCAACUAA